AUGUCGAAGGACCAGAGUGGAACCUGGGAGAUGGAGAGCAAUGACAACUUUGAUGGCUACAUGAAGGCCCUGGAUAUUGAUUUUGCCACCCGCAAGAUCGCCCAACAUCUAACCCAGACAAAGAUCAUUGAGCAAGAUGGUGAUAUCUUUAAGACCAAAACCAACAGCACAUUCCGCAACUACGAAGUGAAUUUCACAGUCGGAGAGGAGUUUGAUGAGCACACAAAGGGCCUCGACAACCGUCAAGUGAAGACCCUAGUGACCUGGGAUGGAAAUGUCCUCGUGUGUGUGCAGAAGGGGGAGAAGAAGAACCGUGGCUGGAAGCAGUGGAUUGAGGGGGACAAGCUGCACCUGGAGCUGACCUGUGAAGACCAAGUGUGUCACCAAGUGUUCAAGAAGAAGUAA